AUGCCAGUGUCCGAAGAAGUCACAAAACAACUGCUUGACGGCAUCCCGUCCCGCGUGCGGGGGCCGGGCGGCGCAAUCGCCGUGCUCAAAGACGGCAAGCUCAUCGGGCAACGGGUCUGGGGCUACGCCGACCUCGUCCGCAAGAUCCCCAUGACCGCCGAAACUCUGCUGCCAAUCUGCUCAAUCUCAAAGCAGAUGCUAUGCGCUCUCAUGUACGAUUUGGAGCACAAUCCGCCCGCCAGCUUGGCCGACAAGGGUGACGUCAAAGCGAAGUUCUCGGACAAGAUGACAGCACUUCUGCAUCCAAACCUGACCCGUGACGGAGCCCUGACGAUUGACCAUUUGGCCAACAACCAGUCAGGCAUCCGGGAUUACUGGGCUCUAAGCGUGCUAUGGGGAGCCCAGCCGGAGGACCGCUUCUCGAUAGCGGACCACAGCAAGCUCAUGAUCGAGCGACUCCAGUCGUUCCACUUCGAGCCCGGUAUGGAGUACUCAUAUGCCAACACAAAUUUCCACAUCUUGGGCCGAAUCGUGGAACAAGUGGCUGGAGAUUCGAUCGCCUCGUUGCUUGAACAACGCAUCUUUGGCCCGGCAAAGAUGAAGACCGCACGGCUUGCGGCCGAUACUGCACAGCUGCCGCCUCCGUGUGUCGGAUACGAAGGAGAUGAGCAGCGCGGAUUCUUCCCUGCCGAUAACAAGAUCGAGUGGGCUGGCGAUGCCGGCGUUGUUGCCUCCCUUAACGAUAUGAUUGCUUAUGAGCAAUACCUGGACCGCAUCUCGACCGAGCGGGGUAGUUGGUAUGAAGCGGCCUUGAAGCAGCCGUUGUACAAAGACGGGACACCGGCUGGUUAUGCCCAAGGGCUGGGCCACGGCAAGAUUGAAAACGUGAAAGUAGUCGGCCACAGCGGCGCAUUGCGCGGUUUCCGUCUCUACCGAGUCCAUGCUCCCGAAGAACGGAUCUCCGUUGUCGUCUUGCUCAACCACGAGGGCGGCUCAGCAGCGCCAGCCGAGGAAAUCAUCCGAGGCCUGCUUGAUUUGAAGAAAUCAGAACCUGCCCCGGUUGACGCAGACUCGAGCUGGUUCGGCACGUUCCUCGACGAACAGACGCAGCUCGCCAUCACCGUGUCCCAAGGCGCGAAGGGCAAGGUCAACAUUUCCUACGCCGGGUCCGCGGAGGCGAUUAACCUCAAGGAUCCGAAGCACGCCGAGUCGCCUGGGAUGGUGGCCAAGAUCGAUGGGAAUCAGCUCAAGAUUCAUCGUGUGAAGGAGAAUCGGGCCCUGAAAGCGUCCCGCAUCUUGCAAGCAGGGACGGUUAAUUACUCUGCGUUUGGUGGCGACUUUCACUGCGCUGAGAUUGAUUCGACAACCAGACAAAACCUGAAAUCAUCAACGACCAUGUGCCAACAGCUAGAAGAGCUCCUCGUCUGCUGCUCCUCGGCCUGCCGCUCGGAGGAGCACGGUAUCCGCCUACCCCUCCUCCGCCUCAUCCCAACACCGAAUCCGUUCUACGUCCUCUGUCAAAAGGCCAGCCAGAUGGGCUACCGCCCAGACGCCAACUGCCUAGGCCGCCUGGUGUUGAGCCAGCGUCCCGAUCAAUGCCCCGAUUAUCGCGCAGCCCCCGACGCCAAGACUAACAACAUCCUCUCAUGGACCGCAUCGCGAGACAUUAUGACACGAUCCAACUUCCCAACCCACAUCCACUGCGCCGCCUGCUUAGGUAUCGGUCACGGCGGCGUGGUAAACAUCCAGCCAGCCUACAUGCAACCAAUUGGCCAGACAGGUGCGAUGCCGCUUCAUAUCACCAUGAACGUCACUGGGGUCCGCAAUCGUUGGAUCCGAGGCUGA